AUGGCGAGCACGAGUGCGGUGAAUCUGGAAGGUGUGCCUUCCGUCGAUCUCAUGAAUGAGCUUCUCCGUCGUAUGAAGUGCUGCACUAAGCUCGACAAGUGCAUCAUCGUCAUCGGACUCAGUGAAACUCAAGAGUUUGAAAGAGGAUCCAUGGAAUCUUAUCUGCUUUCGGGCUUCCUCGGCUUUGUGAUGGUGACUAUGUUAUUUGCAUGUGGAAGAGGACAAGUUACCUUCUCUCAGAACUACAAUAUCAUUUGGGGAAAUGAUCAUUUUUCCAGCCUCAACGGCGAUACUGAAGUCCAACUUACAUUGGAUCAAAGUUCAGGGGCUGGCUUUCAAUCUAAAUCACGUCUUCUAUCUGGAUUAUUCAACAUGAGGAUCAAAAGUGCAAAUAGUAAAUCACCAGGAGUUGUUACCUCCUUCUAUCUAACUUCAAAGGAAGCCCAACACGAUGAGAUUGACUUUGAGUUCAUUGGUUCCAACGGACCACCUUAUGAAUUGAGUACCAACGUAUUCACAAAAGGAGUUGGGAACCGGGAGCAAAAAUUUCGUCUUUGGUUUGAUCCGUCUACCGAUUUCCAUUCCUAUACGAUUCUUUGGAACCAAUAUCAAGUAGUGUUUUUUGUGGACGACAUACCGCUCAGAGUGUUCAAGAACUUGGGGAACGAAGCGAACUACCCAACACAAGGGAUGCUAGUGGAAGCGACGAUAUGGCACGCCGAGGGGUGGGCCGGGAAGAUCGAUUGGUCCAAGGGCCCGUUCAAAGCCCAAUACCAAGGCUUUGACAUUGAUGGGUGCGUCGUGUCCGACCCUUCGAAUCCAGGGAAAUGCAACUACACUCACGGAGAUGCAUGGGCGCAAAAUCAGACCCUAAACACAGCUCAAAUAGCGCAACACCAAAAUGCGAAGCGGGAGUACUUGGAUUACGACUAUUGUACGGAUAAGACUAGACAUCCUCAGACUCCCCCCGAAUGCCAAGCCCCGAUAUGA